CAUGAAAACACUAGGAACCGGGGUGUUGGACUGACACAAAACUCGAAAGUCUAAGUUUGCCAAUAGACUAGCCAGGAGUCUUCUACUUCAUUAUGUCGGGUCCAUGGUAAAGCUUUUGAACAUUAGCGGCGAGGCUGGGCGGCAGCAUAAUGCUUCCAGGCUGGUGGCAGGACGUCCAGGCGUCUAUCGCAGAUGCCGAGGAGAAAGUGUUGCUGCUCGAGGACCAGGUGUUUAAAAGCGCAGUCCACAAGCGCAAAUGUCAGGAGAUACUCCGCACAGCACGGAGGGGUCUGGCGUGCCUUGUUCGGGCUCAGGGCAGCCCCGCUGCGGACCCGGUGCAGGUUCUGCUGGGCGCGCGCCAUCUGGGUCAGGCGGCGCAGCGGGCGGCGGCGGCGCUGCAGCCCUGUGCCGCCGCCCGCGACUCGGCCUGGCUGAGGGGGCUGGCGGCACUGAGGCGGAGGCGACUGCGGCAGGUGCUCAGCGCUGCCCACCACGAGAUAGAGGGCGCACUGGAUCCAGAGCUGCAGGCGUUGCUGCUACUGCCGGGGGCGGGGCCAGGUUCGGGGUAUGACGGACUGGGCGGAUUCGACGCCGUGGGGGAGGGGUCGGAUGAAGAGGGUGAAGGAUACGGCGAUGAUGGCGGCGAUGGAGAGCUGGAGGGGAGCUGGGGCGGGGGCGGCGCAUCGCCCUCGGCUGCUGGUACUGGCGGUGUUGGCGGUGGCCGUCCGGGCCGGGUCUCGGGCAGCACGGCCCGGGUGCACGCGCUGUCCACCGACCCCACCGCCACGUCGGCAGCCGGCACCGGCCCUGCAGCAUUAGCAUCAGCGGUGACAGCACCAGCGGGAGGCUUCAGGACAGGGGCAGCAGUGGGAGCAGCGGAGGGCGCUGGCGCCGGACCGGGCUCAGGAGGGUCCGCGCCUGCGCCAGGAUCUCUCAGUGCGCCUGAGCGCGCCCACACCACUGGCGGCGGCGGCGGCGGCGGCGGCGCCCGGGCCAGGCGGGGCAGUAGUAGCAUGGGCGGCGGCGGCGGUGGCGGCGGCGGCGGCCGGGGGCGGCUGGAUCCCUACCGCAGCCUGAUGCGGCUGGGGUCGGCGCUGCAUGGGCCCGGGCCGCUGCUGGGGCGAGUGCCGGGCACCUUUGAUCCGGGGGCGGUCAGGCCCAGCGACGGCCGCGCGCCCGUGGAGCGGCUGUGGUUCAUGCCGCACGAGCACGUGCCACAAAACAAGACGCCAGGGGAGCACCUGCCGCCGCCGCCGCCUCAGCCGCAGCAGCAGCAGCAGCAGCAGCAGCGCUGCAACAGCACAGGCGUCGCAGCGGCGGCGGCGGCGCUGCGGCAGCAGUCGUGGCGGGUGGGCAGCGGCUUCGGCUUUGGCGUGGGGCCGGGGGCGGGGGGCGGGGCGCCGCAGGAGGCGGCGGCGCCCACCCGGCUGAUGGCGGUGCUGGGGAGCCCGUUCAUACAGCUGGAGAAGAGCGCCCGUCUUGUGUCCGUGCCCACGGUGUCUGUGUCGGUGCUGGGGCGUGCGGGUGGCGGCUGUCUUCUGGCCUACUGCUCCUCGCUGGGCGACUUCCACACGCGGCUGCCCUUCGCCAGCGCGGCGGAGCACGUGUCGGCCGCCGCCGUGGACCGGGCCUCGUGUGUGCUGUACACGGGCCACGGUGACGGAUCCAUCACCGCCGCGCCCUACGCCCAGCCCGCCGCCGCCGCGCCGCCCGCCUCGUUCGCCUGCACCAACGCCAUCAUCACAGCAAUGGCGGUGGAGGGCCCGGGGCGGCUGUGGGUGGGCGACGACACAGGCCGCAUCAUCUCCUACACCAUCAACCCCUUCACCGCCCACAUGCUGCGGCCCUUCGACGAGCCGGCCCCCGGUCUGGGGCCGCGCGCCGCCACCAUGCCGCCCCGCCCCGGCGCCGGCGGCCGGAACGGCCUCGGCCUGGGCCUUGGCCUCGGCCUCAGCUCCUUACGCCCAGAGGACGGCCGGGAUGGCGCCGAAGCUGCGGUGGGGGGCGGCGGCGCGGGGGCGGCGGCGGCCGCUGCCGCCAAGGGGGCGCGGCAGGCGGCGCGGGAGCUGGGCGCAGCGGCGGGGCAGCUGGGGGAAGCUGCAGGGCAGCUGGCCAGCGACCUGGCGGGGCGGGCGGUGGAGCUGAACGCGGCGCUGGUGAGCGCGGUGAUCCCCUCGCCCAAGAUGCUCACGGCCAUCGUCGCGCACCAGGGCCUGGUGUUCGCGGCCAACGACAAGGGCAGUCUGUGCCUCAUCACCUCCGUGGACCGGCGGGUGCAGGCCGUGGCCACCAACGCCGCCUACGGCUGCAUGACGGCGCUGACGGUGAUGCCCUGGCUGUCCGAGUCAGCACCCGGCGGCAGGAGGGGAGCUGCGGGAGCAGGUGGAGGAGGGGGCGGCGGCGGUGGAGCAGCGGGAGCAGGUGGAGCAGCGGGAGCAGGUGGAGGUGGGGGAGCAGGUGGAUGUGGGGCCGGGCUGCCGCCGAGGGCGGGUACCGCAGCGGUUGGCGGCCGCACCGGCAGCGCUGCUGGCAAGGUCGGGGAGGGCCAGGGGGCGCGGGGAGCUGAAGUCGCACAAGACACAGGCGGCGGCACGGCAGCGUCCCCGCCGGGCCCCGAGGCUGUUCAGACCGCAGGCGCGGAGCCCGCAUCCGGCAGCGCCGCACCUGCGGUGAACGGUGGACAGCCGCCGAAACCAGCAGAGCUCGGCGGCUGUGACGCGGCUACAGCUGAUGAGAAGCCCGCGGGGGCGGCGGAGGCGGGCGCAACCCCGAAGACGCCGAGCGGGGAGGGCGGAGCGGACGGGAAAGCGCCCGAGGCUGCGGGGACGGGGGCGUCAGCGGAGGCUAAGGACGGGACGGCGGCGUUCCUGCGGCGGCGGCUGCCCUGGCGGCUGCUGGCCGGCACCUCCCAGGGCAGCGUGUUGCUGUGGGACGCCACGCAGCAGCAGCUGCAGCUGGUGUGCUGUGUGGUGCGCGGCCCGCACCUGCCCAAGCUGCCCAACUACCACCUCAUUCGCGGCCUGUACGUGUACCCGGAGCUGGGCCUGCUGCUGGCCGCCCAGUCCGACGGCCGUCUGCUGCUGGCGCCGCUGCCCCGCAAGUCCCACCUGCCAGCAGCCCUACAGGAGGCGGAGGAGGGACUGGCGGUGGCGGGCCGCCGGCUGGCGUCCGUGACCGGGGCGAUCGGAGCGGCGGCUGCAGCUGCGGGGACGGAGCAGCACCAGCCAGGCGGUGGGAGGGCGGGUGGAGGAGCAGGAGGAGCAGGAGGAGGAGGAGGAGGGCGAGCGUCCUCGCUGCGAAGUCAGGACCGGAGCGGCGGCGGCCUGGAUGACGCUGGCAUUGACUACUCCAGCGACGAGGACACGGUGCCGCAGCUGUCGCUGCCCGUGGCGCGGCCCCGCGCGCACAAGGGCCGGCUGACGGCAGUGGACGCCUGCGGCCUGCGGCUGGCCACCGGCAGCAGCGCGGGCGGCGUCAAGGUGUGGGACGUGCUGGAGCUGAGGGCGGGCGCCGUCAACGAGGGCGUGCCGCUGCCGCCGCUGCCACCCCACCUGGACGCCAUCGCCGCCGCCGCCGCGGCCGCCGCGCAGCCCACCCAUGGCAUGCGCUUCGCCAGCAUCGCCUGCCGCACCCUCAUGCGCUCCGUGGGCGGCGCCGCCGCCUCCGCCGCCGCCACCGCUACCGCCGUCACCGUGGCACCAGCAGCUUUAGCACCAGCAGCGGCAGCGGCAAGUGGCACCGCUGACACGCCUACUGCUGCAGCCGCGGCUGCGGGUGCGGGUGCAGCUGCGGGUGCGGCUGCGGGUGCGGGUGGGGGUGGGACGCAGCCGUCGUCGUCGCCGCGCUCGCAGCAGGAGCUGCAGUCCACGGCAGACCACUCGGAGAUCGCGGUGUCGCUCCACCCAGGGCUGUUCGGCGGCGCCCCCUCCGCUUCCUCGCUGCCCAUUGGCAACGGGUCAGCAACCGCCGGCAGGGCCUCCGAUGCGAACGGCGUAGCCUUGGCGUCAGAGGCUGCGGCCUCGCCCUUCGCCUUCAUUGCCUCGGCAGUGGCAGGUGACGACUGCCCCGCCUCGCCGUCAGCGCUCUUGCCGGGCUCGACAACAGCGGGCGGCGCAAUAACGGCGUCGCCCUGGGCAGAGGCAGGGCCGGGGCAGGUGGCGGCGGCUGCAGGCGCAACAGCCGCGGCAGCAGGCGCAGCAGCAGCGCCUUCAGAUGUGAACGGCGUGGCGGCGGCGUCGGAGGCAGCUGCAUCGCCGUUUGCAUUCAUAGCAGCGGCGGUGGCGGGUGACGAAGCGCCAUCUGGGUUGUCGGCAUCGGGGCCUGCCCGCGGCGCGUCGGAUGUGAACGGCGUCGCUGCGGCCUCAGAAGCCGCAGCGUCGCCCUUUGCCUUCAUUGCAGCGGCUGUAGCAGGCGACGAGCCACGCUCUGCGACGUCGGUGCUACAUCCCGGCAAUGGGGCGGCAGUCAGGGCGGGGGCAACAGGCGCAGCGGCUGGCUGUGCUGCCGAGGGCUCGGGCCUAAAUGGUGUCGCGGCAGCGUCGGAGGCGGCGGCCUCGCCCUUUGCAUUCAUUGCCGCCGCGAUUGCGGGAGACGGGGUGCCAACUGCGGCGGCCUCUGCCGUCUGGCGGGCACCGGGCGCAGCAGGAGCGUCUGUGGCCCCCUCGGACGUCAAUGGUGUCGCGGCGGCGUCGGAGGCGGCGGCAUCGCCUUUCGCAUUCAUCGCUGCGGACAUUGUGGGAGGGGACGGCCAGGCGACUGCAACGGCUGCAUCCACGUCAGCAGCGGCAGCAGGGUCCCAGGCCGGCAGCAGCACACCUACUGCAGCUGGAAGGGGCACAGGCGGCGGCGGCAUCAGCGGCGGGUCGGACAUCAACGGCGUCGCGGCAGGGUCGGAGGCUGCAGCCUCUCCCUUUGCUUUCAUCGCGGCCGGCAUCGCAGGAGAUGUCGAGUCGCAGCCCAGCCCUCGUGCGCUCAACACGCCCAGCGGCGGCGGCGGCGGCGGCGCACCGCGCAGCUUCGGCGCCGCCGCCGCCGACGCCACGUCCGCACCUGCCGCUGCCUCCGGCAUUGACGGCGUCGCUGUGACGUCAGAGGCCGCCGCCUCGCCGUUCGCCUUCAUUGCCACAGCAGUGGCAGGUGACGACGGGACAGCCAGCGCAGCCGCUUUCGCGGCCCCGCCCAGGGGCCCCUCCGCCGCCGCUGCGGCAUACGUCCGCGCAACAGCAACUGGUGCCGCGUCAGCCAGAAGCGCUGGCGGCACCUCGGAUGUGAACGGGGUGGCCUUGGCGUCAGAGGCGGCGGCCUCGCCGUUUGCCUUCAUUGCCGCUGACAUUGUCGCGGACGAGGGGCAGGCGUCGGCGCUAGCGGGCGGGGCUAAGGCGGCGGCGUUCGGUAGCACGGGCGACGGCGGCGGAGCCGGCGGUAGCGGUGCAGGAAGAGGGGCAGUGACGGGGGCGGGCGCGGCCCCCUCUGACAUCAACGGCGUCGCGGCGGCGUCAGAAGCGGCCGCCUCGCCCUUUGCCUUCAUCGCCGCAGCUGUGGCAGGCGAAGAGAUGGCGGCGCUGGCGGGCGGCACUGCCGCGGGCCCUGCGUCAGCGGCAGCGGCAGCGGCGAAGGGGCGUGCUGGCGGCGCGUCCGACAUCAACGGCGUCUCGGCGGCGUCAGAGGCGGCCGCUUCGCCGUUUGCCUUCAUCGCCGAUGUUGUUGCGGUUGAGGGCGUCAGCAGCGCUACCCCUGGGCCCAGCCGCGACGCGCCGCCGCAGCCGCGGCGGUGGCCAGUGUCCGGCGGUGGCGCCGCCGCCUCACCGACCGACGACUCGCCGUUUCGGCAGGCAAUGAAGGCCGCCGCCGCCGCCGCCGGCACGCCUUCAACGUCGCCGCCGCCAUCGACCAAGGGCGGCAGCGGCGGCGGCGCGGUGCCGGCGCCUGCGAUGAGCCCUCUGGGUAGCCACCACUACUCGCACCUACACGGCGGCGGCCACGGCAGCGCGGCGGCGGCCGGGCAGGGGGGCGUGCACGGGCGGACGUCGCGCGACGGCGGCAGCGGCCGCGGCUUCCCUCAUCAGCACCCAUCGCAAUCGCACCCACACACGCAGCCGCAGCAGCUGCGUAGCCCUGGGCUAUCCCACACCUCAGGAGCUCCUGCCGGCGGCGGCGGCGGCGCCACUGGUGCCGGUGCAGGCGGCGGCUCCGCCGCCCCCGGCUCCGCUGGCAGCCCGGCUUCCUCCAAGUUCCCCUCGCCCUCAUCUUCGCAGCUUCAGCUCGCCACCGCCGCCUCCAACCCCUCCGGCCCCGUGCCGGCCCUCAUGUCGCAGCAGCUGCUCAGCGGCGGAGCCGUGGCCACUGGCGGCGGCAUGAGCGGCAUGGGCGGCGGCGGCAUGGGCGGAGCUGGCGUGUACAUGGCUGGCUCAGGCAUGGGGCCAGGCGGCGGUGGUGGCGGCGCUGGGGGUGGAGCUGGAGGAAGUGGAUCUGGAAGCGGGGGCGGGGGCGGACCUGGCGGGGUCGCCAUGGGCACGACGCCCUCGGGCGCCUACGCGGCGGCGGCGCGCGCCAUCGCCGCCGCCACCGGUCACACACUGCCGGGCGGUGGCGGCGGCGGGUUGGGUGGCAUGGGCUCAUUCGGAGGCGCGGGGCCCACGGGGCUGGGCUUGGGCAUGGGGCUGACCGGCAUGGCGGGAGGCGGCUCGGGGGCGGGAAGCCCCUACGCCUUCAGCCCGCGCGUCACCACACAGGUGCCCCCCACGCCCUUCGACCGCGCCAGCGCCAACGGCCCUAGUUUUAACGCCAACGGAAACCUGCCGGUAACCGCCAGCCACUACCGGAACAUCAGCAUGGGCGGCGCCAGCACCAAGAGUAACAUCAGCCUCGGCGGCGGCGGCGGCGCUGAGGCGGCGCUGUACGGCGGCGGCGCUGGCGGCGGCGGCGGGUCGCUGGUUUCCGUGUCGUACGACCCAGUCAGCCAGGGGCCGGUGCUGGCGCGGCACCCCAUGUCCACCUUCAUCCGCAGGUCGGACCUGCACUUCAUCCAGGAGAUCGGCUGCGGCGCCGAGGGCCGUGUGUGGAAGGCGCGCUGGCAGCACAUCGACGUGGCCGUGAAGGAGAUGUUCCCAAAGGUCUCCAUCCUGGCCAAGCUGCAGGGCGCACUCAGGCAGCAGCAGGCGCAGCUGCACCAACAGCAGCAGCUGCAACAGGGCCGCGCCAGCACCACAGGCGCGCCGGGAGGCGCCUACAACUCCCCGGUCCCCAUCCCUCAUGGAACCGGAGCCGCCGGCGGCGGCGGCGGCGGCGGCAUCUCGGGCGGCGGCAGCGCCACCGCCGCCGCGCGGACGCUGCAGUGGGGCCUCUCCCGCGCGCCCACACUCCCCACCCUGCCGUCGGGCACCGCCGCCGUACCCGGGGACGCUACUGCCGCCAGCGCAGCGCCGGUGGGCAGUCCAAUGAGCGCGGCUGUAGCAGCCGCGGCAGCAGCAGCUGGUGGAGCAGGUGGAGGCGGGGGCGCGCCCGAGCACCUGGGCCCUGGCUCGGCCGUCGGCACCCCCACCAAGGCCGCAACUACAGCCGCUACAGCCGGCGGCGGCAGCUCCAGCUUCGCGCAGCAGCAGGCCCAACAGGCGGCCAUGGGCGGCGGCGUGCUGGCGGCGGCGGCGGCGGCGGCAGGGCCGCCGUCACACGGUGGCGGCGGCGGCGGCGCCGCCAGCACUUACGGCACCAGUGUCGCCGCGGUGACGGAGUACCGGUCCCUUCGCUCGACCAACUCCACGGUGCCGUCUGCAUCCACGCUGGGCUCAUCGUUCAUGGUGGGGGGCGGGAUGGGAGGAGUGGGCGGCGGCGGCAGCGGCACGGACGGCGGCGUUGGCGGCGGCGGCGGCGGGGUGGCGAUGGACGUGGAUGUGGCCUCGGUGAUGAAGGAGGUGCGGGCGCUGGCGCAGCUGAGUCAGCACCCCUGCAUCGUGCGCUUCAUCGGCCUGUGCAUCGAGCAGCCGUUGAUCGUGACCGAGUACUACCCACGUGGCAGCCUGUUCGACCUAAUUCGCAAGGCCGCCAUGGGCGAGCGCGAGUCCGUGGAGGUGCUGGACUGGCACCACCGCCUGUGCAUGAUGCACGACGUGGCGGCGGGCAUGAGCUACCUUCACAGCCAGAACUACCUGCACGGCGACCUGCGCUCGCCCAACGUGUUCGUGGUGCAGCAGGACCGAGUCAAGAUCGGCGACUUUGGGUUCGCCAAACUUCUGGGUGAUGGCGGGCGGGGCAGCGCCAGCACCAGCACCAGCGCCAACCCGCGCUGGGUGGCGCCCGAGGCGCUGCAGGUGGGGCGAGUGACCCGCAGCGCCGACGUGUUCUCAUUCGCCAUCGUGAUGUGGGAGGUGCUGACGUGGCGCUUCCCGUACGAGGAACACCACGACAUCCAGGUCAUUGUGCGCAAGGCGCGUGAGCCCGGCUUCCGGCCGCCCAUCCCGCCGCGGGACCAACUGCCGGGCCUGCCGCCAACCGCCGACCUGGACGGCUACGUACGGCUGAUGCAGCAGUGCUGGCAGUACGACCCAACCGCCAGGCCGAGCUCCGACGAGGUGGCGGAGCGGCUGGAUGCGCUCAAGUGCGCCAGCCUAGCUGCCAGCACCGAGGAGGCGGCGGCGGCGGCGGCGGCCCGGGUAGACAGACCUGGCGGUGGCGGCGGGGCCUACAUGGGCCGCUCGCUCACCGCCACGAACCUGUCACGUGCCGGCAGCAACGUCUCCCGCGCGGGCAGCAACGCCAGCCUGGCCGCGGGGUUCGCGGCGGGGGCGGGCGGAGCGGGCACUGUGGGAGGUGGAGGUGGAGGCGGAGGUGGUGGCGCCGUGGGUGCGGGCGGCUCGGGCGUGAGCGCUGCAAACAGCCCCGUGCCUGGACACCGGCGCUCCGUCAGCAGCAGCGUGCUGCCGCAGGUGCCCACCGGCGGCAGCGUUGGCGGCGGCGGCACCGGCAGCGAGCGCAACGUCAGCGGCGGCGGCAGCUCUGCCUACAGCGGCCGCGGGGGCGGCGGCGGCGGCGGCGGGCGGGGCCCGGGGCCGUCUCUGCUGGGCCUGGGCGGAGCCGGGCAGAGCGGGCUGUUGCGGCCGCUGCCGGAGGCGGAGCCGGCGGAUUGGCCGCAGGGCGGCUCCGCGGGAGGCACCCCCACCGCCUCCACGGGGGCGGCUACGCCGUACGGGCUGCCGCCGCGCUCCCGACAGAACAGCGGCGGCAGUGGCUCAGGCGCCAGCAGUGGUGCUGCUGGUGGUGGAGGCGGCGGUGGCACGGAGGCGGGCGGGAAGUGGGGCACGGCGGGCCUACGUGUGCGUAACGCAGCCGGCGGUGGAGGGGCCGGCGCGCCGCAAGGAGCCGCUGCGGUGGGGGCCGGGGGCGCUGUCACUGCUAGCCCGUUCGCAGCGGCGGCUGUAGGCGCCGGCAGGGCGGCCGGCACAGCGGCGGCGGGCACGGCGGCUGCAGCGGGCGGGGCGCUUCAGACGGAGCCGUCUCGGACGCGCGACUUUGGGACCUGCGUGAUUGCCGACAACGGGGCACUGCGCAGCGUCCACAGCUCAGAGCUGCCCGCCCUUGACCUGCAGCUGCAGCCACCGCAGUUAAAUUAAAGCAGGAUAGCCAGGAGUGAUAGCUAGCGGAGACGCCCACAGGUUGGGUACGUCGGAGGCGUAAGCGAUCGCCGCUGUGGGGGCUGCAGUGGCGCGGCAGUAGGAGCAGGCUAGCAGCUAGCCCAGAGGCGGUGAGCGAGCGAAGGGUGAUGCGUGCGACGUACGGUUGGGGCGUGUGUGCAGCAUUGCAGGCAGACCGGUGUGAGCACAUGGAACCAAUGCACACCUGCAAGUAGCCGAGUAAUUAAGGCUAGGUAUUACGAAACCUUCGGUGCGAUUAUUCAUGCGGCGUGGUAUCUUCCUCGGACUUUUGUUUGCGCGCGGCUGUGGCUUGGGGCGUGCGUGUGGGACGUAUGAGAUUUAGAGUAUGGGAGGGAAGUGGCAUGGAUACGGUUAAGGAGCGGUUUGGAUGCCAGCCCAAACUAAACCGAACCCAAUUCAAAUGAGCCCGGGGGGCGCGGGGCUCCUUCAUCAUGAAUUUGUCGCCCGUAUUCUUACGGCUUGACAGCACUGGUGUGUUUCGGUUCGUAGGCUUUCGUGACUUGUGCAUGAUUAUUUGUACCAGCGCCAGCGGUAUGCACAGGUGUGCGGUGGGCGUUGGCGGGCACGGGGCCGCGCCUGCUUUGUGGCGCUCUACUGGCCUUGCGUCGGUCUCGAAUUUGCAAUGCCUGUCAUUCUUAAUAUCGGGCAUGUAUCAUUUAGGUGUUUGAGUCUUACACCGCACGCACGCGGAGGGGACAACACAACCAGCUGGGCAAACGAGGGAUCCUUGCUUGCCCGGCUUGUCAGCGUGAAGACAUUUGUAUGUUUAUCCUGAAAUAUAUCCGAGCAUACUAU